CCGCCAGCCUGCCCCUGGUCCCUUCCCCUUCCCCUCCCCCUCCCGGCUGGCAGCAGGCGCAGGUGGCUGCAGCCCAGCUCCCGGCGCGCUGUCCCCGGGCGGCCACCCAACCGGCAGCAGCAUGGAGCACAUCCGCACGCCCAAGGUAGAGAACGUGCGUCUGAUGGAUCGAACGUCUUCCAAAAAACCAGCCCUGGGGACGCUGUACCUGACAGCCACUCACGUCAUCUUUGUGGAAAAUGUGCCUGAAACCAGGAAAGAGACCUGGAUUCUGCACAGCGAGAUCUCCUCCAUUGAAAAGCAGGCGACAACAGCUGGGGGGUGCCCGCUGCUCAUCCGUUGCAAGAAUUUCCAGGUGCUGCACCUCAUCAUCCCUCAGGAACGAGACUGCCAGGAUGUGUACAUCUCCCUCCUCCGCCUGGCCAGGCCAGUGAAAUAUGAAGAGCUGUUCUGUUUCUCCUUCAACCCCAAGCUGGAUAAGGAAGAGCGGGAGCAAGGCUGGGGGCUGGUGGAUCUCCGGGAGGAAUACAAGCGCAUGGGCAUCCCCAACAGCUGCUGGCACCUCAGCGAUGUCAAUAGAGACUACCGGGUCUGUGACUCGUAUCCCACUGACGUCUAUGUCCCCAGGUCGGCCACCGCGCAUAUCAUCGUGGGCAGCUCCAAGUUCCGAAGUCGCCGCCGGUUCCCUGCCUUGUCUUAUUACUGUAAAGACACCAAUGCCUCCAUCUGCCGGAGCAGCCAGCCUUUGUCGGGCUUCAGUGCCCGAUGUCUCGAGGAUGAGCAGAUGCUGCAGGCGAUCCUGAGAGCCAACCCCGGGAGCGACUUCAUGUAUGUUGUGGACACUCGGCCCAAGCUCAACGCCAUGGCCAACCGCGCAGCAGGCAAGGGCUAUGAGAAUGAGGACAACUAUGCCAACAUCAAGUUCCAGUUCAUCGGCAUUGAGAACAUCCACGUCAUGAGGAGCAGCCUGCAGAAAAUGCUGGAAGUGUGUGAGCUGCGAUCCCCUUCGAUGAGUGAUUUUCUCUGGGGACUGGAGAAUUCCGGCUGGCUGAAGCACAUCAAAGCCAUCUUGGACGCAGGGGUGUUGAUUGCCAAGGCUGUGGCCGAGGAAGGGGCCAGCGUUCUCGUCCACUGCUCAGACGGCUGGGACCGAACCGCCCAGGUGUGCUCAGUGGCUAGCCUCCUUCUGGAUCCCCAUUACCGGACCCUGAAAGGCUUCAUGGUAUUAAUUGAAAAAGACUGGAUUUCCUUUGGGCACAAGUUCAACCAUAGGUACGGCCACCUGGACGGCGACCCCAAGGAGGUGUCUCCGGUCAUCGACCAGUUUCUUGAGUGCAUCUGGCAGCUCAUGGAGCAGUUCCCCUGUGCCUUUGAGUUCAACGAGAGGUUUCUGGUGCACAUCCAGCAUCACAUUUAUUCCUGCCAGUUUGGAACCUUCCUCUGCAACAACCAGAAGGAGAGACGGGAGCUGAGGAUUCAAGAAAGAACACACUCUCUGUGGGCUCACCUGUGGAAGAAUCGGGCUGACUACCUGAAUCCCCUGUUCCGAGCGGACCACAGCCAGGCUCAGGGGACGCUUCGGCCCCCAGCCAGUCCAUGCAACUUCAUGUACAAGUUUUGGAGUGGAAUGUACAACCGCUUCGAAAAAGGCAUGCAGCCCCGGCAGUCAGUGACCGACUACCUGAUGGCUGUGAAGGAGGAAACACAGCAACUGGAAGAGGAGCUGCAGGUCCUAGAAGAGAGGCUGGAAAGAAUCCACAAGAUCCCACCUGGCCACGCUCCGGGGAAGAGAGAGCCCGGCGCGCCGCAGAGCAAACCUUGCGGGCUGUCUGUCCCGGCCCCCAGUGCCGGGAAUCCCGCCGCGGAUUCCAGCGCGGGGAACCCGACCCCGGCCCCCAGUGCCGGGAACCCCGCCGCGGAUUCCAGCGGGCCCUCGCGGAGCCCUUCCCAAGGAGACGACGACUCCGCCCUGAUCCUCACGCAGGAGAACCUGAAGACCUCUGAUCCCGAUCUCUCGGCCAACAGCGACCAGGAGUCCGGGGUGGAGGACCUGAGCUGCCGCUCCCCGAGCGGGGGCGAGUGCUUGCCCAGCGAGGACAGCGGCAAGGACCCCGACCCCGACGAGGCGGUGUUCCUCACCGCGUGAGCCCCUCACCGCACCUAGGCACUGCCGGGGACACGAGACGUUCCCCCAAGGGGGGAGCCGUGCAAUCCAACACGGAAUGAAUGACCAAGGAGAGUGGGAUAUAGGCUCCCGGGGCCAUGGACUGACACUGUAAGGAUGCCUGAGCGUCGAAAAUUGCCUUUGGCCUUUUCGGUGGCAGAAGCUUUCCUCCCCUCUUCUAGGUAUCUAUGAAAAUCAAGGUAGAGAAAUGAAUGUAUAAACAUAAAGCAUAGUACUUUGAGAACUGGGAUUCGAAUCGGAAAACACCCACAGGAAUUUUUAAGCUUGAUUUAUAAAUUCUAGGUCAUAUUACACUUAAACCUCUUUCUUCUAAAAUCCCUAGAAACAAGUCUGAGAAAUGAUAAUGAUAAUCAUUGACUAAAAGGGGAGAAAAACCCUUUGAAAAUUCCCCAAAGAGAUGUAAAGCAAGAGAAAAGUCAAAGUUCUUAGACAAAAAGGAGGGGGUGGGGGGAAGUGGAGGAAAGGGAGAGAAGGAAGAAAAGGAAAGAACUGGAAACAUGAGUCAAUUUAGCAAAUAUUAAGUGCCUACUGGUUACAGGGCACUAGGGCAGCCUUCAAGGAAUUGACUGGCUCUUCUAGGGGGUUGGGGUCCAGAAGCAAGUGAGCAAAUACACAAGAUUAUUGGAGCAGAGACCCAACAACUAGGGGAUCCAGGGAAGGCUUCCUGGAGGAGGAGGCACCAGAGCUCCCUUGAGGGACGAUGUCGAGUGAAUGCAAUACAGGAAUGGGGACUGAGUCUGGAAAACUGCAGAGGCAGGAAAUGGGAUAUCAGACUUAUUAGGCUGAUGUGAAACAAGGCUGGAGAGGUGGGUUGGAACCAGCUUGGGGGAUGGGGAGGACUUUGUAUUUAUUGGAUCCCAGGGGAAUAGGGAUUCAGAGUGGGUUUAGAGCAGGGGAUAUUAGUGCUUUGGGAAGAUUUUUGUCAGCUGUGUGGAAAAUGGAAAGGGAGAGAGACAAAGCAGGGAAAUAAUUUAGAAGACAGUCCGGGCAAGAAAUGAUAAGGACCAGUGAUUUCAAGGGAAGCCGAACUGGGGAGACAACAACAAAGGCUGUGAGGUGGGAAGGAGACUUCAGGCAGAAGAUGGGGAGCUCUCUUGGCGAGGUUGUUUGAUGCUGAUGGGCAUUUUGUCUCCAGGUGAUUAGUCACCACUGCUUCGAUUUUCUAAACUACCACGGGGUGUUGUAGUCUGUGUGAGCUUGUCCAAGAUGCUUUCAGCGUAGCAGGGACCCGAGCGGGUUCUUAGUCUGCUGGUUUUACCUCUGGCUACCUAAAACUGGGCCUGGGAUCAUGGGAGUUAGGCCUGAGCCCCACAAGCUACAGCUGAGGGCAGAGAUGUGACUUGCCCCUGUCCCAGUGACAGAAAGUAGUGGUCGAAGUACUGUUUUGAAUGCAUUUAAUGAGUGGUUAGGGAUGCCCAUUCCCUGUAAUCCCUCUUUACUGACCAGUCACAUUGACAUGAAAGGGCUGCCUCUUUUUGAGGUAUAGCCUUUAUCACGAAGAGAAAGACCCACAGCUCAGCAGCAGCCUCACAACCCCACUUCCCCCACUUCUGAUGAUUCUUAACCACAAACCCUGGAAAUGAGAACAAACCUCACAGCACCCAUCAGUCAUGUGAAUAUACCUCAGUGGCAAGGCUGUUUCACUGUAUGCACGGCUGGGAGUGAGCAGGGCUUACUCUUCUGCUAGGCACCUCUCAUACCUCACACCUUCUCCACAUCAAGAGACCCCCCCCCCCAAACCACACACCUUCUCCACAUCAAGAGACCCCACCCCCACCCCAAACCACAGCCUUGGCACUCACGGAUAUUGAUGGAGUAUGAAUUAAGUGUAGUGCAUGUGAAUGAAACUUUAAUGAGGGCCUGGCCUUAUGUUAUGAGAAUUCUAGGUAUCAACAAAGAAAUCUGGGGGCAAAGUGGCCCUAAAAUCACACUGUGGUAGGUCUUAGACUUUAUUUAGCUAAGCCUGGGCGUUCAUAAGGGAUGAUGCAUGGCUUUUUGCUGAGUCCCCUGGUCAGGGAAGGAGGUGCUUACAGAGCAAUGCAGAUUGUCAUCACUGGCUUCAAGUACCAGAGGCUUACCGGGCCCCUUGGGGAUGGGGGCCAAUGGGGAGGAGGGGGUACAGGUAUGCCCUUCCCCAUCUGCCUCAGGGUUUCUGGAUGCAUGGUGUACAGUUCAGCACAUCUGACCCUAGUUUAGUUUUGUUUUUUACCCUAAACCUUUUUUAACAUCCGGGAUCGGAUCUCCAUGUUGUUUCUACCUCGUAUAACGUAGUUUGCCACUGGGCCACUUCCUCUGGGCUAACACAGAGAUGACCAGACUUUAUCAAGCUAACCAACACUUACUCCUUCAGGUUUUCCUUACUCUCUGGAGUUCUCUCUUUGUCUCCAUUUUAAAACACGGGACCAGCUCUGGUCUGUUCAGACAAAGCUAGUGUUGUAGGUGUUUCUUGGCUCUUCUGUAAGUACGUUUCAAUUCCAAAUUAGGCUUUCGGAGAUUGAUGGCUAGCUAACUCCAGAUCCUGGCUCGGGAAGCCUGGGCUGAGCAGCGCCAACCUGACAGACAUAUUGAAUAUAAAUGGCCUGUUUUUAAGAUGCCGUUUUUCUUCUGUUUUAUUACAUUGUCACUCUAUUUUAUAGGCCAUUUGAAAAUUGUCUACAGAGAAAAAUGUGAGUUGUAGACUUUUAAAAUAACUGGUACAGUCUAUACUGGAGAGGUUGGGUAGUUAUAAUGCUGACUAGAGAAGGACCUACUGUUUGGUUUAGUUUGCAUGUACUUUAAAAUUGCAUCUUAAAAAUGUCUCUCACUAUCUUUGGCUUCUGUGUAAAAUGAAUCUGCAAAAAGGGGUGUAAAGAAACAGUGAGGGCUGCCUUCUUAAAGUUAAGACUGAAAGCCACAGAGGGACCCUGACAAUAUAGAAAUACUCCCACAGGGUUUUAACUGGCAUUAUGCCAACUUCUGGGUCAGGAAUCACAGACCGAUGUCUUCUGUCCAGUUCCCAAAUGGUAAAGUCAAUGGCAUUUUGGUUACCUUAAGUGUUUGUCUUGUCACGUAUGUGGUGUGUAUAUCGUACUGGUAAAAAGUACCUUUUACAAUAAAUCCUUCUCA